CUUCAAGUAGGAACACAAAAGAAGCAAGGGGGAGGGAGAGAGACAGAGAGUGUAGAGAGAGAGAGGUGUGCUAGCAUAUGUAUGUACUUUCUCGCUCUUCUAUGAUCCGCAAUUAUUUCAGGCACCAAUCUCUCUCCCUCUUUCUCCGUUACAUAACAAGUAUAUAGUUGCGAUAUCCGCUCCCAAGAAAUCUGAUCAAAGUAGGAUCGUAUCUACUUCAGGGCGUUCCUUUUUUGUUUUUUCCUUCUCCUGUUUGUUUGACGUUUCGGCAAAGAGAAAAUGGUGUCGGCGAACCGUGAGAUGGUGGUUUACUGCUUCGACACGCUCGUCUCUCACUACAACAGCGAAGAUGCUCCUCCCCCCGCCUUCGAUGAGGGUCACCAUCCAUUAUUUGUUACUUGGAAGAAAGUGGUGAAUGGAGGGGAGCCUCGUUUACGUGGAUGUAUUGGAACUCUAGAAGCUCGUUGGUUGAUUAAUGGAUUCAAGGACUAUGCUCUGACCAGUGCUUUGAAGGACCGCAGGUUUCCCCCCAUACAGGCUAAAGAAUUACCAUUUUUGGAGUGCACAGUUUCCAUUCUGAUUGAUUAUGAAACUGCUAACCACUAUCUUGAUUGGGAGGUUGGAAAGCAUGGGAUAAUUAUUGAGUUUACCGAUCCAGACAAUAAUACAAGGCGAAGUGCCACAUAUUUGCCUGAGGUGGCUGCCCAAGAAGCUUGGACAAAAACGGAGGCAAUAGAUUCACUGAUGCGAAAAGCCGGGUACAAUGGCACCAUUACUGAGUCCCUCCGAAAGCGUAUACUGCUGACACGUUAUCAGAGCACGCUGUUUACAAUGCAUUACAGUGAAUAUCUUGCCUAUGUCAAGACAACCAGAGGCGCCGCUCCGUCUAUAGUUGGGGCUAAGCCCGGAAAUCAUUGAUUCUUUCAAAUAGCUUUUGCUUAGAGCACAAGCUAUUCUUCCCAGAGUUCACUGGGUGGGGAUGGAUAUGUUUGUCUUCCAUCUCAGACACCUAAGUAAUUGCUGUGCCUGUCCAUAUCAUUCUCCAAAUUCAUUUGAUUUUGGAGAAAGAAACCAGAAAGAACAGGUUUCCUUGAUUUUAAUAUCCAGCAUUCAUGAUUCAAGUUCACCUGCUUCUCGGGGAAAGCAUUGCUGGUGAAAAACUUUAGAGUCUGUAAGUUAAAAAUUUGUCAUCCCAGAGUGUUUCAUCUGAUUA